AUGCGAGUCGAUCUCAAGCUUCUAGUCUUCUUCUGUCUUGUCUCUUGGGGAGCUGCCGCAAUCUACGGAAAGGAGCUCAAGUGUCCAGCGGACAAAUACAGAUUCAAAAACUCGUGCUUCAACUGUACGCCAUGCGGUGAUUUCAUGUACGAACGUGAAAAAUGUUCGGCGUUUUCCAACACCAUUUGCGGCUGGUGCGGAAAGAAGCCCAACCUGGAUGAGAUCUCGGACAGUGUUCUCGCCUCGUACCAAACCAAAUGUCUCAUGUCAAAUCUGGACUUUGUUGGUAUGACACCAUUCCUUGAUGAGCGUUUCAACUACGUCGUCGAUGGAAGAGAGGAGAGCCAGGAAUCCGGGGAUACCAGCGAAAGUCAAGAGCAUGAGAGUCUCAAGGAUAGUUCGGAGAACAAUGAGUUUGAGAAUUUCAAGAAGGCGUACAGGGGUUACAAUUUUGUCAAGGAGAGCAAAAAACUUGAGAACUUCAAGAAAGCGUACAACGAUUUCGAGUUUGCCUGGGCUAGUUUGGAUAGCUUAGAUAGUUCGGAGCAGGAGAGUGGAGAGGAAAGCAGUGAACGCCAUAGUGGAGAACGUGAAAGUAGAUUGCGUGACAGUGGAGAGGAGUACAGUGAAGAGAAGGACAGCGGAGAGAAGAAGAGCGUAGAAUAUGAGAGUGGAGAAAAAGAAAGCUCGGAACUUGCUGAUCCAACCAUCGCCGAAGGAGAUGAUUCUGGAUUCGAAUCCAACCAAGAUCGAAUCAACGAAAUCGAUGAGCAAUCACAAGAAGAUGCCGAGUAUGCCGCCGACCAGGAGUUGCUCACCAACGAAGAGCUCAUCAACGAAGACCAGCUGAUUACUAAGGAAGUCGGAGACUACCUGGUCAAGAAGGGUCACAAGGUCAAAGAGCCGGAACUCAGAAUUGUGAAACUUAAGGAUAUCGGCGAUUCCUUCCCGAGAAAGGUCCCGGACGUUCCAUUCAUGAUGACUCGCCGCAGACUCCGCAGUUUCGAGUCUUCCGAAGAGAAAUUCGACUUGGAAUCUGCUGAAGACUCGAAUGACCGCCUGAUCGAAUGGAAGGAUGAGAAUUGGCUCGAUGAUUCUAUCAAGCGUAUUCCAGAUAGCGUCGAAAUCGUGCAAGCCGAAGAGAUCACCGAAGAGACUUACGAAAUCUUUCCGAGAAAGGCUCCAAGAACCAUGACCAUCGAAGAGAGAAGGGAUCUUAUUGAACGCUUGAGCGUUGAAUUGGACAACGAGGGACCAUCCCGCCUGAUUGAUGAGCACCGCCCACCAUUCACACUCUCCAUGAUGUUGAGACCAGCUCAAUUGGCUCUCUACGCUGUAAUCUUGGCUUUCGUCGUUUUCGUUUUCACCUACUUACACCUCCGUGCCAAAGCUCGCAAGCAAGCCUUUACCGGCGUCCCACUGGACUCGCCAGACUAUCACUGUAAGUUUCAGGAUUACUGUAGCUCUAUGAAAUAUUGGUUUUCAGUAAUCGUCGACGCCAGCAAAUACAUCGAGGAGCUUGAGAAGAAGGAGAAGCACGCCAGCCGCCAUGUUCACGAGAACCCAAUCUUUGACAUUUGA